CUGAGGACAAGUGUUUCGACAAGCGACUGACUUGGAAGCAAAUGCGAGAAGUUCUUUCUGACUGGAAAGUCUUCGAACGUUUUGUGGAGAAGAUUGUGUCUCGGAGAGUAACAGAUACCGAAUGUCUUGAUUAUUACAAAAACGAAGUGAACAACAAAAAGGAAAAAGACACGACAGGCACGAUCAGAUAUUACCGAUACAGAAGAAUGGAAGAAGAUAGGGAAGGGUCUAAGGAAUACACAGAUAGACAUGAGGGAGAAGAAUUUGAAGAACUCUGGGGCCACACAGUUCUACAUUUAGUAGUAUGUGCUAAUAAGACAAAAACAGCUACAGCAAUUUUGGAAGAUACCCAGGAUCUUAUCGACACCGACAUUGGUGCUUGGCCCGAUACGAGGGACGCUUACAAAGGACUGACACCCUUCCUCAUUGCAGUUGCCCAGGGUAAUGAUCUCUUGGUAAAACUCAUGCUGGAAAAGGUUUCAAAGAAGCAAUGUGACUGGAUUGGUAAACGAAUGAACGGAACUGUAUUCAUGGGGCAGUUACCGUUCCACACGGCUGUCUUGUGCUACAUGAACGACUCAAACAAAUACGAUACAUACAGGGAACCAGAGAAUAGAUUUGUGAAAAUCAUGGAAUUACUUGCGGAAAAAGCGGAUGUUUUCAAAGAGCAGAACUACAGAGGAGAUACAGUUCUCCAUAGCAUCAUGCGAUUUGUAAACUGCUUCCCUGCGUGUGAGGAACGCACAGUAGACAUGAUGUCAUAUUUGGAGUCAUUAAUGGAAAAAACGGCAAGGGAUGCUGGAGAAGAUGUUAUUGACUACAAAAAAAAGCUAUUUUUUACACAAAACAAAAAUCACAUGACAGCACUUCAGCUUGCAACAGAAAGCGGUCACAUUAAACUGUUUGCCUACUUAUUCAAAGUUAAAGGAGUCUAUCUCAUUGAACAUCCCCACGAUGAACUCUACGAGAUACGACGCUUUGAUGUGACUGAGAUGGACAAAAUUGCAUUGAUUGAAGCUCAGAAGCCUCUGUCUGUGGAAGCUCAGAAGCCUCCACCACCGACGGACAAAAUGGGGUCUGACGAUAAAAAGGUAUACCCAGGGUAUAAACAGACACACUCCCCUGGAUCCACAGAUGCCAGGUCAAAUGACGUUGAACGUGACAAGGGAAGUGGUCAACCCAGAGUUGAAAACGGUUCCUUUGCUAACAAUUUUGUUGCUGAGCUACUCUGUUGUCAGAGACUACCAGUGGCAACUGAACUGGUUCGUGGAGAUGUUUUUGAAGAAAUGGUUCGUCGUAAAAUGGAUGCAUACGGGUGUCCCUUACUGUUUCUGGGUUUAUUCCACGUCUCUCUGAUUUGUUUGCUGUGUGUGUAUGUUGUUGCCAGAGCUGGUGUUACUGAAGGAAUAUACUGGCCAAGUGGAUUUCUUGAAUUCUGUAACAUUCUUACUUUUGUAUGUUCUAUUUUGUACUUUGUACAAGAAUUCCCACUUCGAGUUUGGUUUGCGAAGCAACCAUUUGCAUGGACAGCGGUGCACCACAAUGUUGUGUAUAGGGUUACCUUUGUCCUGUUUGCUACUUUUUUAUUUGCUGACUUUAUAUUUUACAGGAUACCUAAUUCACUUUUUGCUGACUACAAAAGCACGUUUCUUGUGUUGGCUAUAAUUGUAGGUACAUGGCCAAUAUUGUUCUUCCUGCGAUUAUUCAGACGUUUCAGUGUGUAUGUUGUACUUUUGAAUGAGGCUUUGUUUACAGCUGUGGUGCCGUUUGCCGUCUUAAUCCUGAUGCAGGUGUUUGUUUUCACGGCUUGCAUGCAUGCAUCGUUUCUACACAAUGAAGCAAAUGCUACUGUUGUAGAUGACUUUUCAGAUUACGGUAUGUCAUUGCUUACCAUGGGUAAACUGAUGGUUGGAUUAACAGAAAUUGAUCAGCUGCUGAAAUCCCGCGAAGAUGGGAUAAUAUUAUUUCUCUUUGCUCUGUUUAUAUUGAUCAUCUUUCUGCUGAUGAUCAAUGCCCUCAUAGGCGUAAUGACCAAUCGAUUUCAGGACACCCAAACAAACAAUGAAAUGGUUUGGCGGUUACAAAAGCUAUCAGUCAUCAUCUUUAUUGAAGGUUGGUAUUCUGAACUGACCUCAAAACUACCAAAUAGAUUCCCAAGGCUUGGGGUUGAUCCUGAAGUAUCAAUUGGUGAAAAUACAGAUGAAGGCAUCCAAUCAGCUGCUGGUGGCUACUCUCAAAAGAGAUUUGUGAUGUCUUACAGGAAGGUUCGAAGCAAUACAGCAGAUUAUCCAGCAAAUACUGAGCAUAUUCUCCGAAAACAGGUGAAAAAGAGCGAGGAACUUAAUACUAAAAUGGAUAGGUUAUUGGAUUUCCAAGAGUCCGAGAGUUAUGAUGGAACCAGAGCCUUGCGAAUUUACCAUUAUCAGUACUAGUUCAUACGCGAGCACUGGUGCGAUGGCACUAUCAACAAACUCACCAAGCCGGCUCUUCAGUAUUGACCACACGUCAGAAUGCGGCAGAUGUGACUACUUUAUGAUACCAUUAUAUGCCAGAGCGAGCGGUUACCUACUCAAACAAACAACCCCCCACCUGAAGGCUAUCUGUAUUCGGAAUCUUCAUGAUGUAGUCGAAAAGAAAGAAUCGUCUCUUUGUUCAACAGAUACAUUUGAUAUAAAUUAACGGGAAUUUGUUUUGAUAUUCUAAUUUUAGAAUUUACAAUUUUAGAACUCUUUCUUUGAUAUUGGUUUAGAUUCCACAGAAUGUAGAAUAUUCUGUCUGUGUUGUAAUAAUCUCUUAAUAGAUACAUUUUUUAUGGUAUAUGUAUUCUGUUAUUCUGGUUUCUUUUGUUCCAAACAACAAUCUGAAAGCCACGCAACAUGUUUUCUGGAUCAAAUUGAAUAUGGAAGCAAUGACGCUAUUUAUAUGAAAAACAAAUAACACAAAGAUCCAUAGUUAAAACACCUUUGAUAUCAGCUGCGGACAUAAGUACACAUGGAGAUGAAUCAGAAACAUUGUUUAACGUUGGACAGAAAGCGUGGAAUUCGUGGGUUGUCAGCACUAUACACAAAUUUAGUGUUUGUGGGUUUUAUCAGUGUAGAAAAGGACUAUACGUUUAUAUCAUUUCUAGCUGCCACUCUGCGGUUUACCA